AGGAGCGUUGUCCGUAGGUCCUCAGCCGUGUGUCCUCGGCCACCGCCCCCGCUGCUGACCUGUAUCCGCCCCUCGCCUGCCUUUAGAGGGUACAGGCGACAGCAGUUUCUCUAGGUGGUCGAACAGCCGCCAAACGUCUCCGUCGAGCUACUUUUUCUAGUUGGCGGCUCCUCUGGGCUGCGUCCAGGUCGGGGGGGUGGGGAAAAAUGGCGCCGGCGCCCCAAGGCGUCCGGGAGGAGCCGCUGCUGGAGUGUGGGUCCGGACUGCUUUCCCGGCUGCUCUUCCUCGCCCAGGCAGUCCUCCUCCUGCUGCCGGCCGCCCGGGCAGGCCUCUGCCCCGCGCCCUGCUCUUGCCGCAUCCCUCUGUUGGAUUGCAGUCGCAGGAAACUGCCAGCGCCCAGCUGGAGGGCGCUGUCGAGCUCACUGCCCCCCGACGCCGUCAGCCUGGAUUUGAGUCAUAAUCGGUUGUCUAACUGGAACAUAAGCUUGGAAUCUCAAACAUUACAAGAAGUGAAAAUGAAUUAUAAUGAGCUAACUGAAAUCCCAUAUUUUGGAGAACCAACCACUAAUAUUACUCUUCUCUCAUUAGUCCAUAAUAUAAUCCCAGAAAUAAAUGCAGAAGCGUUCCAGUUUUACCCUGCUCUCGAGAGUUUAGAUCUCAGCUCAAAUAUAAUAUCAGAAGUCAAGACAUCGUCAUUUCCUCGAAUGCAGCUUAAAUACCUGAAUUUGAGCAAUAAUAGGAUAACCAUCUUGGAGGCUGGUUGCUUCGAUAAUUUGUCAAGUUCCUUAUUAGUGGUAAAGUUAAACAGGAAUAGAAUUAGCAUGAUUCCACCCAAGAUCUUCAAGCUACCUCACCUCCAAUUCUUGGAACUUAAAAGAAACAGGAUUAAAGUUGUGGAAGGUCUCACAUUCCAAGGUCUAGACUCCUUAAGAUCUUUGAAAAUGCAGCGGAAUGGAAUUAGCAAACUCAAGGAUGGAGCUUUUUUUGGCUUGGAUAACAUGGAAGAAUUAGAACUGGAGCAUAAUAACCUUACAGAAGUGAACAAGGGGUGGUUGUAUGGCUUGCGAAUGUUACAACAGCUCUAUGUGAGCCAGAAUGCUGUUGAAAGAAUCAGCCCUGAUGCAUGGGAGUUCUGCCAAAGACUGUCUGAACUUGAUUUGUCCUAUAACCAGUUGACCCGCCUGGAUGAAUCUGCCUUUGUGGGUCUGAGCUUACUGGAGAGAUUGAACUUAGGGGACAACAGAGUCACUCACAUUGCUGAUGGUGUAUUUAGGUUUCUUUCCAAUCUUCAGACACUAAACUUAAGGAACAAUGAAAUUUCAUGGGCCAUAGAAGAUGCUAGUGAAGCCUUUGCUGGACUCACAAGUCUCACUAAAUUAAUCUUACAAGGAAAUCAGAUUAAGUCAAUUACAAAGAAAGCAUUCAUUGGUCUUGAAUCCCUUGAGCAUCUAGAUUUGAACAACAAUGCUAUAAUGUCUAUCCAAGAAAAUGCUUUUUCCCAGACUCGCUUGAAAGAACUAAUUCUGAACACAAGCAGUUUGCUCUGUGACUGCCAUUUGAAGUGGUUGCUUCAGUGGCUGGUUGAUAAUAACUUUCAACAUUCUGUGAAUGUAAGCUGUGCACACCCUGAAUGGCUAGCAGGGCAAAGCAUCCUGAAUGUGGAUCUGAAAGAUUUUGUCUGUGAUGAUUUUCUCAAGCCGCAGAUAAGAAACCAUCCUGAAACCACAGUUGCUCUAAGAAGCAUGAACGUGACUAUGACAUGCACUGCAGUGAGCAGCAGUGAUUCACCCAUGUCUACUUUGUGGCGCAAAGACAGUGAAAUCUUGUAUGAUGCUGAUGUUGAGAAUUUUGUUCGUUAUCAGCAACAAGCUGGAGAAGCUCUGGAAUACACUAGUGUCUUACAUCUUUUCAAUGUAAAUUUCACAGAUGAAGGAAAAUAUCAGUGUAUUAUUACUAAUCACUUUGGUUCUAACUAUUCUCAUAAAGCCAAACUGACUGUGAAUGAGAUGCCAUCUUUUCUGAAAACUCCAAUGGAUCUAACUAUUCGCACUGGUGCCAUGGCCAGAUUAGAAUGUGCUGCAGAGGGGCACCCUGCACCUCAGAUUUCCUGGCAGAAAGAUGGUGGUACUGACUUUCCUGCGGCUCGAGAGAGACGCAUGCAUGUCAUGCCUGAGGAUGAUGUCUUCUUCAUUGCAAAUGUGAAAAUAGAAGACAUGGGGAUCUAUAGCUGCAUGGCACAGAACAUAGCAGGCGGCCUCUCAGCAAAUGCUUCAUUAAUCGUGUUAGAGACACCCUCAUUUAUUAGACCUCUGGAGGACAAGACAGUAACCCGAGGUGAAACUGCAGUAUUACAGUGCAUAGCUGGAGGGAGUCCUACCCCUCGCCUCAACUGGACCAAAGAUGAUGGACCACUGCUGGUGACAGAACGGCACUUCUUUGCUGCAGCCAACCAGCUUCUCAUCAUUGUAGAUGCUGGGCUAGAAGAUGCUGGGAAAUAUACCUGCAUUAUGUCCAACACCCUUGGGACAGAACGUGGUCACAUUUACCUAAAUGUGAUUUCCACCCCCAAUUGUGACUCUUCCCAAAGUAGCAUUGGGCAUGAAGACGAUGGGUGGACCACAGUUGGCAUUGUCAUCAUUGUUGUGGUCUGCUGUGUUGUGGGUACCUCUUUGAUCUGGGUCAUUGUUAUUUACCACAUGAGAAGGAAAAAUGAAGACUAUAGUAUCACGAACACAGACGAGCUCAAUCUGCCUGCAGACAUUCCCAGCUACUUGUCUUCCCAAGGAACACUGUCUGAGCCACAGGAAGGCUACAGCAACUCUGAGGCAGGUAGUCAUCAGCAACUUAUGCCUCCUGCCAAUGGAUAUUUACACAAAGGCGCUGAUGGUGGCACUGGCACCCGGGUUAUCUGCUCAGAUUGUUAUGACAAUGCUAACAUCUACUCCCGGACCCGAGAAUACUGUCCAUACACCUAUAUUGCUGAAGAGGAUGUUCUAGAUCAGACACUGUCCAGCCUUAUGGUCCAGAUGCCCAAAGAGACUUAUUUGGCACAUCUUCCCCAAGAUGCCACCACCCUGGAGAGCCUGGUAUCAGCAGCAGAUAGAGAGAUGUCUGCCUUUCCCACCAACCAUGAGAGGAUAAAUGAGAAGAAACUUUCCUCUACACAGAAGAGCAGUGAACCCUUGCAGCGGCCUCUGUGGAACAUAAGCAAAGAACCAGGUAUGCCUCAUCCUCCUUUAUCGCAGCAGUCAGUCUUUGAGUCACCACAACUCCAUCAAAACAAGGGCCUGGCAGAGAGUGAUCCAGACUGUUCCACUUCCCCCAUGCCCUGUCACAGGUUACACGACCACACUUUUGAUUUUAGUAGGACUCGGAACAUUCAAGAUGGCAGUGAGGGCACAUGAAACUCACUCCAGAAUGAAAUCUGGGCAGACUCAAAUUAGUUGAUUUUGUAUUUACUACCUCAGAGUUUGGAAGAAACCCCAAAGUCAGCAUUUGCUUUGCUCUUUGUCUACAAUUACAUCUGACCACAUCAAGGGGGCCCAGACAUUUGUUUGGGCUUAUACUUGACGAAGAAAGGGUAAUGGCUGACAGAAAUGGGUACAUCUAAUAGAAAAUGUGCAACACAGGCGGAGGAAGAUAGAGGACAGAGUGCUGUCUUAUGGUUCUACUGGGAUGUGCCCAGGUGCUCAUUGCCUGUUAGGGAGAGUCUCAUUGCUGCUUAACACCCUGGAUUGUCUCAACCUACCGAAUGAUCCUGAGUAAACAAUGCUGUUCUAUUUUGCCUUCCAAGGAACAAAAAUAACUUUGGAGCCCCCCGGGAAGUGUGCCUGGGAUUCUGCAGUGGUUUUAAUCCUAUAGUUGAGAGUGGGGCUUUGAUAUUCAAGGUCUUCGACAAGAAUCCCAGACUUGACCAACUAUUACUAGGUCGAGCGUUUUGUAUUCUUGUGAAUAUCUCUCUUUCUCUCUCUCUCUUUUUUUUUUUUUUUUUUUUUUUGGUCCCUGUUGCCCAGGGAUCUCACUGUAUAUAUAUGUGCAUUUAUAAAUAAUUUUCGUAUUCAUUGGUCAUAUGUGUUGCAAUGUAAAUAUUUUUGAUAUGCCAAAAUUAUAUAUAAUAUUCAGUUAUAAUAUUGACAGCUGCUUCUCAGACCACAGAUUUUGUACAACUUGGUUUAGUGAAUCCAAAGACUUUGUUUAAAGUUUUAAAUACGUGUUUGUUAAGAAGUAUAAGUAUAGAAGCAGGGUACCUAGUAAUUGCGUACACACAAACACCAUCUUGGUGUAAUUAACCACUUUCUUUAUGCCUAAAGAUUUGUACAGCUAAUCAUUUGUCAUCUGUUUACAAGUGCCAGGUAAUAUAAUCUUUCAAGCAUAAAAAGGCUUUUUCAAACGACUAGCAGUCUUGUCAUUGUCAUAUGCGCAUAGAUAAAGGAAAACUUGUUUGGGGAAUAUCUUCCUUCAGCAAAGUACUUAGUUGAUGAGGAAACCAAAGAUUGCUUUUUUUUCUGUGUGUGUUUGUUUUUUAAAAUAAUAUCUCUUCUACCAAUGCACAGUAUGUCUUAAGAAGGGAAGACUGCUUUUGGGAGUAGAAGAACGUGCAGAAAUUCUUAUACUGUAAAGCUUUAGAGUGGUCCUUGUUUUGUACAAGUGAUUUUUUUUUUUUUUUUUGCGGUACGCGGGCCUCUCAACUGUUGUGUCCUCUCCCGCUGCGGAGCACAGGCUCCGGAUGCGCAGGCUCAGCAGGCAUGGCCCACGGGCCCAGCCGCUCUGCGGCAUGUGGGACCUUCCCAGACCGGGGCACGAACCCGUGUCCCCUGCAUUAGCAGACGGACUCUCAACCACUACGCCAUCAGGGAAGCCCUGUACAAGUGAUUAUUUAAGCCAAAAAGUUUUCUUGAAUUUCUGAUAGCAGAAAGUUUUAUGUAAACAAAAGACUUAGUGCUCUAAUAAAGUGUAAUGGACUAAAGCUCUUCUUUCUGCUUUCAGAAAAAAAAGAAAGGCUGUUGGAUUCUAUCCUCUAAAUUUAGUGAGGACUAGUUACAUACUAGAUGACUUCAACCACUUAAAUGAAAAUAAUCUAUUUCUAAGUCAUUGUGCAUUUCAAGGGUUUUAAACUCACAUAAUUUCUCAGCUCUUUGCCAGGAAGUUUAGCUGAAUUUCAUACUGUUUUUCAAUCCUAAAUUCUUCUCCCAUAGGCAGCAGCACUUUUCUAGCUGUUUUAUGCCAUCAUGCAUUUGUCUUUUUCCUUUUUAAAUUGUCAGCCUCUCUUCAUUUUCACUUUGAACUCCUUAAGUAUCACUAUUUUCUUCCUUCAAUUUCUGAUCCAUCUUCUUACUUUACUAGGUUGUAGUAUAAUUUGUACUGGACUGACUUAGAAUCACGAAACCUGAUUUAGUUCCUAGCUCUGCUGCUUACUAGUUGUGUAAUCAAGGGCAAGUCCCUUUACAUCUCAGCCUGACUUUCUCAUUUAUGAAAUGAGGGCAUUUUACUAGAUGCUUUAAAGCCCUUUCCAGCUGUAACAUUCUGUGAAUCUGUGAUCCCUCCUGGAAUCAAGGAGGAUUAUCUACUCUAAUAAAAAGCUGCUUUCAUGAAAUAUUUUUUAGAGUAGAACAGGAGUGAUGCUGCUUACUCUGACUUGAGCCAGAUUUAUUUCCUCUCUAGCAGGAGUAAUGCUAUAAGAAAUCCUCAUAAGGAGAAGAAAUAUUCAGCUUCUGAAACAGUGUCAGUAAACAUAAAGAAUCUUGAGUAGAUUGAGAACCACCCAUUGUCCUCCAGAACACCAGGUCUGAAUGCUAGUAUUACAAUACACCAGAGUAUCAGAAUCAGUUGAGAGGUGUGCCACAACUAAUUUGUAACUAGUUUGUGACUCACCUUUCUAAUGUAUUCAAGGUCAUCUCUCUAAUUAUAGUACUCUGACAUUCUGAUGGACUUUAUUUAGUGAAAAAAGUGGAGUUAGAACAAGGCUGCAAGUGAGCAUCAGCUGUUACAUGUGAGAGGACAAAAACCAGGCUGCAAACCAGUGCUCUAGAAAACUUAAAAUACAUGAUUGCUGCCUCUGCUUUAGCAGUGGUCUUUCUACUGCCAGUGGUGUCAGGCUGGUCUCCCGAAUAGCCAAGUUCUCUGUCAACUCGAAUGGUUGAGAUGUCCUCCCAGGUAUUGCUAGCUUUCCUAAAUAACUAAAAAACUUGCCUGAAAAACUAGUCAGGAAUUUGUUUAAAUGUGAAUAGCCUAUCCCUGGUCUUAAAAAAUAGUAAAUUUCAUAAAUUCUAAUCUUAGGAGUUGGAAUUCCUGAAAUUUUUCAGUAUUGCAUAUGUAGAGCAUAUAGCAAAUGCUCUACUAUAAACUGGAUUAGUGGCUCAUCUGUGUUUCUUCCCAUCAGUGUAAUGUCUGCCUGCCACCAGUUUAAUCAAAAAUGUUGCAAAAGCAAGGCAAACAAAUGCUGAGAGAAAUAUUGUCCCUAUUACGACUUCAUAUCAGUAGGGAUACAUAAAGUCUCUUAAUUUGUUUGUGCCCCUCUUAGACUGAUUCUGUAAGUAUACCUGGAAGAAGAAAUAACAUUGUGCUUGUACUCCAAGUCUUCCUGCCACAGAGUCUAUGCCUGACCCGUUGGCUGCCUGUCACUCAGUAGCCUCUAAAGUGCUUUCCCUAGAUGUAAGUUAAUCUGUAGGAUAGGAAAUACCAGAAACCCAGCCCAGUGUGCCAUUCCCUCUAAUGUGCCCUCUUAGAAUGCUUUAAAUGUGUAUUUUCUCUGUAAGGUAACUUUCAUGUUUAAAAACAGUUGCCUUCACAUUGCCCAUUGGCAGGUUGUAAAAGAAACAUUAAGAUGUUAAGCAACUUAGACUCUAUUAUCCAUUUUCCUAAGAAAAGGGAGAGAUGAUAAAAGUCUUUAGUUACUUAAAGGGUUGUCAUAUGAAACAAAGAUUAGAUUCACUCUUUUUAUUCCAGCAGACAGGGGUCAUAUCAGUGGGGAAGAAGUUACAGGGAGAUGUAGUACACACUUGCCAAUAAUUCUAUAUAAGCUAACACUCUAACAAUUAGAUUUGUCUGACAAUUGGAAUAAUCAGCCUUUCAUGGAAAAAGUGUAUACAGAAGCUAAAUAAUCAUCUGUUAAUAGCAUUGAAGAAAUUUCUGCAUUGAAAUCAAAUAUGGGCAAGAUGACUUUUAGCUCUCUUUCAAUUUUAUCAUUGGAAAUCUUCAGAAGCAAGACAGGCUUAAAACUUUGUCUUUCAGAAUUCUUUAUAUACAGUAAGUGUGGAACACUUAAAAAGAUUUUUUUUUUAAACUAAAAGAUUAUGUUCUUUGAUUGACAAAAGGAGCCAGUUUUGUGUUAAUGGCUGAAAACAUGAAACUCUGGGCUCAUUCUUCUGAGAAAAUCUAUAAGGUUCCUAACCCAAAUGGUAUGACCAUAAUAAAAAAUUUUAAAGCCUAUAAUGUAUUAUAACCUUCCCUUUUACUCUUUAAUUUUUAUUCCUGUUUCUUUGUAUCAGUGGGACUCCAUUUGGAAUGGGGUUGGAAUUGUGAUGUUCAAGUUUAUACCCAGUAUUUUACCCACGUGUGUUAUGGCAUCUUCUUAUCAUUUUAAUAUCCACAGAAAUGCCAAACGGGUAAUGGAGUAUCCGAGGUAAAUUGGCUGUCAUUUUAUGCUACAGCCUCCAUUUCUUACUUUGCUUCUUGAUGCAGAUUACUGAAGUAAUUGUGAAACAGUUGGACCUUAGAAAGUUGAGCUAAGAUUUUUAGGCAACCUGUAAGUAAUGAUUCAUUUUUCUCUUACGUGGUCUCUUUCCCAGUUCACUGUGGCAGAUGUUUUUCCCUCUUUCUUCUAAUUUAAAACAUUUUUGUUUGGAGUACAAUCUAAGCCAACAUCAGUUAGCCUUAAUUUUCUUCCUUCCUUCCCCGCUUCCUCCUCAUUUGUUGACAAAAAUAACAUGUUCUGAAUUGGGAUAUGUUAUAAGCUUCUCUUAAAACAACACCUGAAAGCCCACAAAUCAUCUGGAGGUUUUGUGGGUAGUAAGGGGUAGGGGUGUGUGUGUGUGCGUGCAUGCGUGGGUGAGGAGUAAUAUUUGGACCUGCUCCUUCAAGGUUGUGUGUUUGAGUGUUUCUUAGCAAUCCUAAUAAUCUCCACCAAUAGGUGGGGUGAAGGUGAAUAAAAAGCUUGAUUUGAGCCUGUUUUCAAAUGUAAGGAGUAGACUGAUCUUUUGUCAACUCUGUCUUUAAAGAGAAAUUGAUCAUCGGGGGGUCAAGUGCUCUUGGAAUAUCUUUUGGCUACUUAAAGUGGCCACUUGAUCCAUUGAGAGACUACUUCUACCCUCUACUUUCCCCCUGUUCUCCCUUUUACCCCUAUCAGAGGAUGUCAGUCUGAGCAGCCCUGGUACUAGAUGUACCUAAAGAGAGUUAUAAGCCAAGUUGUUGUGUUCAGUGUGGCCAUUUCCUAGUGUCUAUUUAUAUUUUCUCACACAUGAGAAUGUAUAUUUUAUAAAGCAUGUGUUUGUCUACUUGUUUGUCUACUGUAAUAUGUCUUCAAUAAAGCUAAAAUACA